ACUUCCGGUGGAGAAAUUUGAAAGCUUGGCGGUUGAGGAGUGUUGUUAUGAGUGAAGCUGUGCGGUGCUAAAGCGCAGUAGAACAAAUUGCUCUUGUUUAUACCCUUAUUAUUGCUUAUAUUAUUUAUAAUUAACGCACUGGUAUUGUAUAUUUAGUCUGUUUGUAUUAAGAGAGAAGACAUGGAACCAGCAGUGGCGAAACUUCUAGUUGGACUCGCUGUUAAAAUUAGCCGCAGUGACGGGAGAGUGCACAGUGCAACAGUGAAAACUGUCAAUCCUGCCAAGUCAACGGUUCAUGUGGAAUGGACUGAAAAGGAUGUGACCAAAGGAAAAGAGAUUGACCUGAGUGACAUCUGUCAGCUCAAUGCUGAUAUAAUUCAGUACCUGCAAUCAUCAGAAAAGCCAGGGCCUUCCUCGGCACCAACACCCAACCCUGCACGAGCACCUAAAGCUGAAAAAAAAUCAGAGCUUCCCCCAAAGGUUUCAAAACUUCCUGCCCCCUCAGAGUCUGCGCCUCCAGCUGGUCCUCCCGAGGAGCCAGUUCCCAGGAGAAUGACCACACGUCAGACAUGUCUGUUUCGACCUCCUGCAGUUCCAUCCACUGGAGCGACAAACGCUGAUGAUGCUCCCAGUCAGGAGCAGCCUUCAUCUACCAUUCCCAGACCCUCGGGAUUACCGAGUUAUACAAGGAGGCAGGCUGCUAAACCACCAUCUCCUUUGCUGCCUGCUAUCGAAGCCGUGUCAGAAAGCGAAGCCUCAAAAUGUGCCCCUGCACCCACAACAAACCACCGUGUGUCGCGAGUUCCAGAAGUAAAUAAAACAGCAAGUAAAAGGUUGUCACUGUCGACUAAAAACCCUGAAAAUCAGACAAAGAAAGGAAAGUAUGGAGACAUGAACCGGCCGAACAAGCAGUUUUACCAAAUGAUUGAAGAGUACCGGGAAACCGUGGAGAAAGUUCCUUUAUCUUUGACUGAUCCUGUUGAACUCCACAGAAUUUGUGUUUGCGUUCGCAAGCGACCACUCAAUAAAAAAGAAACGGCUAGAAAAGAGAUUGAAGUGGUGACCAUCCCUGGGAAUGGAGUUCUCCUGUUCCAUGAACCCAAGCAGAAGGUUGAUCUCACCAAGUACCUGGAUAACCAACUUUUCCACUUUGAUUACUCAUUUGAUGAAGAAGCCUCCAACGACUUGGUUUACAGGUUUACUGCCAAACCUCUGGUCAAGACUAUUUUCGACGGUGGAAGGGCAACAUGUUUUGCCUAUGGACAAACCGGGAGUGGAAAGACUCAUACGAUGGGUGGUGAUUUUUCAGGAAAGGCGCAGAACAGCUCAAAGGGAAUCUAUGCUUUGGCAGCACAGGAUGUCUUUACCCUUCUGUAUCAGAAGAGAUAUGCUGACUUGGACCUGACUCCAUAUGUGACGUUCUUUGAGAUCUACAAUGGAAAGGUUUUCGACUUGCUAAAUAAGAAGGCAAAACUGCGUGUUCUGGAGGAUGAAAAUCAGCAGAUGCAAGUCGUCGGCCUGCAGGAAAUGCCGGUCUCGUCCGUUGACGAUGUUAUAAAAAUGAUCGAGAAGGGCAGCGCAUGCAGAACGUCUGGCCAGACGUUUGCCAAUGCCAACUCGUCCCGUUCCCAUGCCGUGCUACAAGUGAUCCUGAGGAGGCGUAAGCUGCUUCAUGGAAAGUUCUCUCUGGUGGACCUGGCUGGAAAUGAGCGGGGCACGGACAUCAGCAGCAAUGACCGGCAGACCAUGGUGGAGACGGCAGAGAUCAAUCGCAGCCUUCUGGCUUUGAAGGAGUGUAUCCGAUCACUGGGGCAGAACAGUGAGCACAUCCCCUUCAGGAUGAGUAAACUUACCCAGGUGCUCAGAGACUCUUUCAUCGGCGAGAACUCCAGAACCUGCAUGAUUGCCAUGAUCUCGCCUGGAAUGAGCUCAUGUGAUUACACCUUGAAUACACUACGUUAUGCAGACAGGGUGAAAGAGUUAAAUGGAAUGUCUAAAGGAGUUGCACAGGAGAACACUAAACUAUCAGAGGAGUCUGAUGACGGCAACAGUGUUUUGAAGGAGGAGUUUAUUGAUGCAGAACUUGAGGUCGGGGGUCAGAUCUCCGAGGUGGAGGAGAGGUUCUAUGAGGAUCUACAGGGUGGCGGUGAAAUUGCCAGAGCGAUGGAACACUCAUCAUAUGACAUUGUCAGCGGUCUACCGGAAAUUGAUGCAUACAUGGAGAGGCUGCAAGGAUCCUACAAAGCUCUGCGAUCAGCUAUCGAGGCACUGAAAGCCAGGUCGCCAAAUCAAGCAUGACCUGCACAUGGAGAUAUAAAUCAUGUUUGGUUUGUUUAAAUGUUUUGACUGAGUUCUGUCUUAAUGGACCCCCGUCCUCGUUUCAAAAUUCCUUAUAAGUGUUUUUACAGUUUGUUUAAUUAUGUUUGUUGUCAACUUUUAAUGUACUAAAUAAAUGUUCUUCUGACAGGCCAGAA